CACCCGCAAACGAUAAUAUGAGUAAAGGAAAACGUAUUUACUGUCAUAUACUAUUCAAAUAGUAACAUAUCUUUAAUAUCCGGACAUAUCUAAUAGUUUAAGAAAGCACAGUGUUAUAUAUGACGCGAAAUAAAUUUAUAAAUAUAUUAUACAGUAGACGGGAGGAAAUCAUUCUGUAUGUGACUUGAAAUGGAUUUCGACCAAGGCGUUUUUUACAAUUAUAAAUGAGCGAAUGUUGAUAAGAGUCGGAUGGUCGUAUGGGCAGCCUACCGGACCUGACGGAGCGAACGCGGCCGCAAAGUAUCCGGACCGCGGCCCGGACCGUGUCCGAUCCACACCGUCACCGGACUGUCAUAACUCAGAUACCAGUAAACACGAUAUGCAAGAAAGAUUGGCCAUGGAGGAAAUCGAAGGCACCGAUAAAAGUUCCUGUCGCUGUAACCAACCGGCGACGGGACUCAGCUGCUUCCUCAGUGGGAGCGGCUUCCGUUCGCCGCCUCAUCACGAGACAGCCACCAAAAAUACCGAAACCCCUCGUCACUCGCUUCACUUUACUUUGUGUUGCCAGCGGCUUGUGCUCGACGGCCCUGUUACCAUUCACGGCUUUUGCAGGCGCAGAAGCAGGAGCGAUGCCGCUCGCGAUAAUGCACACUACAGCCGCUAUAGUGGCACCCUUUUCCCCCCUUAUUCUACAAAAAUCAGGAACGAGGAUAGUAAUAACAACAGCACAUAUUCUAGUAUGCGUCCUCCUCACAGCGCAUACUAUAGCCACGCCUCUGUCAAUUUUACUGCCAUUGUACGCCAUUUCUGGUAUAACACUGUCUCCAAUGUCGCUAGCUUUAUCCGUGUCAGCUACCUCCUUAGCUCAGGCGGCUGGCGAUGAAUGUAGAAGAAAGGUAGCUUUACGUAGGGGAUUGAGGGCUCUCCGAGCGGCACAAGAUUUAGGUCUUGUCGUUGGGUCACUCUUACUUGGAGGAGCGUUGAUAAUUUGGCCUGAAAAUCUAACGCCGCUGCAAUUUAUAUCGACAUCGAUUGAUAAUUCAUCAGUGAAAUGGUCUGACGAAUACUCUUUGGAUGACGAUUAUGAGGAGAGAACGUGUGGAUCAGCCGGAUGCCCUGGUGUUCAGUUCUUGCUGGGUUCUUCUUUAAACGCUGAAGGUCGUAGAUUCCUUGUCGCACUAUGGGCGACACUGGCACUAGCUGCAGCUUGCCUGGGACUGUAUGGCGCCGCCUCGACACCCGCUCCGCCCCCAGAUGCCCGCUCCAUUGUCAAGGAUCCUCGAGCAUUACUCGGAGCUCCAAUGGGACUCUUUAUCGGUCUUCAACAGGGAUUUAUCUAUACGUCAUAUAUUAAGUGGUACGGUGUGUGUGUCGGGGGCUGGGGCGGUGCGUGGCGAGCGCUGUGCGGCGCUGGAGCGCUGCAGGCUCUAGCUGCUGCGACCCUGAGCAUGGCCGCGGCGCGUGGCCGACGAGUCGCUCUCGCAGCGGGAGGCGCUGCAGCGCACGCUUCGCUGCUCCUCGCUCUGCUCCGUUGGCGCGCCGAGAGAAGUGAUCUGGCUCUUCCCGCCGUUGCUGCUGCAGCGUGGGGUGCCUGUGCCGCUUUGUGGGAUGUAUUACAGGCGGGUAUCUGCGUCGGCGGCGGCGGGUGGCGCGGGCCGUGGUCCGCCACGCUGUCGGCGCGGCACGCCGGGCUGGCGCUGGCUUGCGCGGCACGGACGCUCCUCUGCGUGCGCACUCAGCUGGCGGCGCUCGCUCUCGCUCUCGCGUCAGCGCUCGCCGCUCACGUCACGCUCGAGCUGCGCUUGCGCCGCACUGAGCGACAUCGCUCCUAACGACGAACCGCGAGCGGGACUCCGCUCGCUCAGCACGAGGAGGACGUCGCUUGCAACGUUCUCAAUUAACAUGUUUUAUACGAUAUUGUUACCGACUUGGCUACAAAUUACAAGUUACGCUCUAAUUGCCAUUCGCCUAUUCGAAAGUCUAAGAUGUAACUGGUAAUUAUUUUCGGUCCGUUUUGUCAAAUCGAUUUUCAAUCUUGGAUUUUGGAUUUGCGAACCGCAAUUACGGCACCAGAGGGUCCUAUCACGGUCGAGAACCUUGAAAACUAGUCAUAAAGUUGGCUGUUUAUUGUAAGAUAUUUAAGAGAAAAUGAACGUAUUUGUAAAUAGAAUAAAUAAAGAUUGAAUUAUAUUGAAUGAAUA